GACACUGCAAAUGGAUGUAAACAAGCUGAAUAUCACAUUGCUUCAGUUAUUUCGCCAAGGAGUGGCAGCAGCACUGGGACUGUUACCUCAGCAAGUUCAUAUCAACAGACUCAUUGGGAAGAAGAACUGUGUGGAACUGUUUGUGUCCCCACUGAACAGAAAGCACGGAAUUUCUGAGGCACUCCCAUCUGAAGAAGUGCUGCGUUCCCUUAAUAUCAACAUUUUGCAUCAGAGUUUAUCCCAGUUUGGAAUAACAGAGGUCUCUCCUGAGAAAAAUGUUUUGCAAGGCCAGCGUGAAGCGGACAAAAUCUGGAGCAAAGAAGGAUUUUAUGCGGUUGUCAUAUUUCUCAGCAUCUUUGUCAUUCUAGUAACUUGUUUAAUGGUUCUGUACAGAUUGAAGGAGAAGAUCCAGUUAUCACUGAGACAAGAGAAGGAAAAGAAGCAGGAGAUCCACCUCUCACCCCUUCCCUUGCAAACAACUCAGUCGGAGUAUAAGACCACCAACAGCAUGGUCCAGCCUGAACAGGCUCCAAAGGUUGUCAAUGUUGUAGUGGACCCUCAAGGCCAAUGUGUUCCUGAGCUCAAACCUCCCCUGUGUGCCAGUCCGUCUCCUUUCAGAAUGAAACCUGUGGGGCUCCAGGAAAGGCGAGGCUCCAAUGUCUCACUGACUUUGGAUAUGAGCAGUUUGGGAAGUGUUGAACCUUUCAUCACUGUGCCAACCCCACGAGAAAAAGUAGCGAUGGAAUACCUCCAGUCAGCCGGCCGCGUCCUAACACGGCAGCAGCUUCGAGACGCAGUUGCAUGUUCUCAUUUACUUCAAACAGAAUUCAUGGAAAUACCAAUGAAUUUUGUGGAUCCCAAAGAAAUUGACAUCCCGAGUCAUGGAACUAAAAAUCGCUAUAAAACAAUUUUGCCAAAUCCUCUAAGCAGAGUGUAUUUGAAACCAAAAAAUCCAUCUGACUCCUUGAGUACCUACAUAAAUGCUAACUACAUUAGGGGAUAUGGAGGUAAAGAGAAGGCUUUCAUUGCAACUCAGGGACCCAUGAUUAACACCGUGAAUGAUUUCUGGCAGAUGGUUUGGCAAGAAGACAGCCCUGUCAUUGUUAUGAUCACAAAGCUGAAAGAAAAAAAUGAGAAAUGUGUCCUCUAUUGGCCAGAAAAAAGAGGAAUCUAUGGGAAGGUUGAAGUCCUUGUUAACAGUGUGCAAGAAUGUGAGAACUAUACUGUCCGUCAGCUUACAAUAAAGCAAGGGAGUCAGUCCCGGAGUGUGAAACACUACUGGUACACGUCCUGGCCGGACCACAAAACCCCUGACAGUGCUCAGCCUCUGCUGCAGCUCAUGCUGGAUGUAGAAGAGGACAGGGUGGAAUCACCUGGCAGAGGGCCUGUCAUUGUGCACUGCAGUGCUGGUAUAGGAAGAACUGGAUGUUUUAUUGCCACGGCCAUUGGUUGUCAGCAGUUGAAGGAAGAGGGAGUUGUAGAUGCAUUGAGCAUUGUCUGCCAGCUACGAGUGGAUCGGGGUGGAAUGGUUCAGACCAGUGAACAAUAUGAAUUUGUGCACCAUGCACUGAGUCUGUAUGAAAGCAGACUUUCUGCAGAAGCUGUCCAGUGAAGCCAAGGAGGGUAAAACCGAAUGUCAGUCUCCUGAGGUAAUUUGUUUCAUUACCUACCAGCAGCUUCUUCAAGGAGCUUACUGCAGUGGGGAGAGCGGCUUUGAGGCCAACUUCUGAAAGGAUUGUGGACGGUUUGGCAAAAGUAUGGAGAUUGCUGGACCCUUACUGUAUAUGAAUGUAUUGUGAGCUUCCCAAAAAUGAUUCAUAAAGAAGGUACUGUACUGAAACUACACCUGGAUUUCACGUAUAUAACUAAAGGUGGGUUUAAUUCUGUAAUACUGAUAUCUGCCAUAUGGAAUGUGUGUGUGUGCUAUUGCUGCAGUCAGAUGGACAUUGGAACUUCCACAGAAGAAAUGUUUAUCAAGUGUAUAAAUGCUUUAACGUUUGCAAACUGUCUUGUGAAUGGACUGUCAACUGUACUGUAAAGUGCUAUUACUGAUUAUGUGGUGAGCUUGUUUCUUGGCCACAUAAUAUUCUUGCUGCUAAAAUUGCAAGUGUUCAAUUAUGGAUUAAAAAAAAGAUGAGAUAAUAAAAAAAUAUAAAGUCUUGUUGUUUUUGAAAAUAUUCAAAAGCAGUUAAUAUUUUAUAUGGAAAUAUAUGUUCUUCAUACUAUUAACUAUUAAAUGUGUACUUACUGUAGGUCUUACAGAGCAGUUGCAGAGCACAAUGUCUGUUAUUCAGUGUGUAUGUAUUUACCCUGUACUGUUGAUUGUCUUAGAACAUGCUUCUGCUACAGACCCGAAUCCAGUGUGUUUGUAAAUUGUGUAAGUCAUUUUACUUUUAAAAGAAACUUUGUAAAAUAUAUUAAAUGGUAAGGAUUUUAAAUAUUUGUCUGUCUUUUAUUAAUACGGGAUUUUUUGCUUAUGUUGUUUAUCUGCUCUGUCUCUUUCAGUAAGAGAUAGAUGCCUUUAGUGAUAUGGACUGUUCCAUGACAGGUUAUACAAGAAAGAAUAUGCUGCUAUGACUGUUUCCUACAUUGUUCAGUAAGAGUUUGUUUUUAAGAGAAAUGCAAAGUUGGCAUUAUGACUUACAGCACUGGGAGAUCUGUUUACAGGGUAUAAUGAGUUUUUAAUGCAGUGAUGUUGACUUUGCUUCAUACUGAUAAUAAAUUACACUUGAUAAAAAA